AUGCCCGCCCUGGGAGCGGCGACCACAAGCGUGUGGUCGCCGCUGGAUGCGGGGAUCCAGCUGCCCGCCGGAGCCGCCCGCCAGGGGCCCGCCGGAGACAGCGUAGGGAUGAGGCGGAGAGGCCGCCCCCUGUGGAGCCCCGGGGAUGGUGAGUGCGGGCGGGGGCGGGAAUCAUACCCAUCAGAAUUAAAUUACUUGCUGUCCACAUGCAGUCUAAGAAGGAAAUUCAGAUUGAGUUUACUGCAAUAUAAUGUUAUAGAUUCUCAAAGGAACAUAUCAUCAUUUUUAAAAGAAGAAAAUAAAAUGCCUGUGCUCACUCCUGAGAACAGAUACUUAAAUUCAAGAGUCACCAAAAGUUCACUUGAUGGCUGUUUUUUCUUUGAAAAUAGCUGGAAGAAAGCAGCUCUUGAAACACAAAAGAUGAAAAAAGAAUACUCCUCAGUAUUUGGUCUGAAAGAUUUCAAGGAAGUGGAUACAAUUCCAUCUCUACCCGAAGUGCAAAGAUACAGAACAAAUACAGAGGCUCCAUUAGAUGUGCUUAAAAGGCAGCCAUAUACUCCUCUGAAGACACCUAAAAUCAGGUCAGUGAAGAAUAACCAAGCAGGCAGCAUGUUACCACUUCAGGAGAAAACAAAAUGUUUUACUUUUAGAAGUCCUCUCACUGGAGCACCACCAGAAUUUUUACAGAGACUUUCUGAACUGGCCAUAUUAGAAUACGACACUAUUCGUCAGGAAGCAAGCAAAAAAUUUAAAAAAGUCAAGAAACGACAGCUGCCAGACUGCUGACAAAUACUGUUUGGGGCGAUAUUAUUUUCUUCACUGGUGUCUGUUGUAGGUGUGUGUUGUUGUUUUUUUUUUUCAGUCCUGUGUAAUAUGAUGUUCAAUGAUUUGCCUAAAAAUGGAAGUGUAAAUAGCCAAUAAAUAUUUUAUAUGCUUAUAUAUUGAACAAUAUGUGAAAUAUUUUGUGAACAUUACAAGGAGAUGUUUAAAUUUAUGUCUCAUGGGAAGAUAUCCAUAGUAGAAAAUUUGUGUAUCUUAUGACAUAAAACAUUCAUUAUGUUUUGUGUGCUAUCAGCAAUGCCUAUAAAUGAACUACUAGUAUGGAUAUAUUUGUAAGCAUUAUAUUUAGUGCAUGGUUUUAUAAGGGAAAUUUUUCUUUGGUUACAUGUAACACCCCUCUCAGGGUUCACUCCUCCAACUCACAGUGGCGUUAGCAGAUUCGCUCCCCAGAGGUGGAGUGGCUUCUAUUCCAGGCUUCUGGGUGUAAUCCUCAAUGUGUGUACUUCCUCCUAAUAAUCAGUUAGUAGACCCAGUUCUUUAGGAAAAGGAUUUACUCAAUGUCACAGCAAAGACAGUACUUAUCACCCUAGAAAUUACAUCAGCUUUGGUUGUUGUUUAUCCUUUGUCUAGAAGACCAAUGAUAUCAGGAGAGUGAUAUCUUGACUUGCAAGUGAAUUGGAUCUAAGUGAGGCAGGGCUGUGCAAAGUUACCAGCCUUACUGUCCCUUCCAAUUGGCAGACCUUGGCCUUUUUAAGCUCAGUUCUUUCUCAGGUCUCAGUUUGUCUGAGGCAAUGCCCAUUCGGUAGUUAAAGGUCAGGUAAGAACUGAAACAGAAGAUGGCUUAGUUUGACUCCCCAUAACAAUCAGCCUGGGAGGGGGAGAUUCUCAGGGUUUCCGGCCAGAAUAAAAAACAAUUGCUACUCUGAGCCCCCCAAACCAAGGGCACAUUCUCCCACAAGUACAUGUCAAGUACAUAGGGUGAAAAGGGGGCAUGAACUUACAGUACAGCGAUUGUGAGGCACACUUCUAGGGAACACUCAUGGCUAAGACAGUCACAACUCCACAACUGAAGGCACUCAAUGCUGUUUCUUCAGAGGGCUCCCAUGAAGUUUUCUGUGGGCAAAGUAUCAGUGAUCAAUAAGUGGCCCUGCUAGGCUAGCUCCUUGUAGGGCAUGACAUUUUUGUUGGAUAAGCCAUUCAGCUGGGUUCAUUCCUCAUAGAGUGAGAAAUUGACUUCAACCUCCACCUUCAUUGCCCUAACUUUUUGGACAAACUCUCCUAAAGGCUAAGCUUUUGUUUUAUAAUUAACCUCCACUCAGGACUCAGUUCUAUUGUGAAUUGAAUCUCCACCCCUGUGUUGCCUACCUUUGUAA